AUGCCGCUCUCCGUGUCGGACCGCCGCACGGCGGUGCGGCAGUUCGUGGCGGACCGGCACGGCCGGCCGGAGGACAAGCGCCUGGACGGCGUUCGUUCGAGGUCGACGCCGUCGAAGGCGCCGGAGAUCCUGCGGGGCGAAGAGGUCGCCGAGCGGCGGCAAGCGGCGUUGGCCCGGGUGCGGCAGCGGCGGGCGGAACGGGCCCUGGAGACCAAGCUGACAAGUGCUCCGGCCUCGGCUCAGACCUGCUGCAGCCGGGGAGCCGAAAGCUUCGCGUCCAGCGAAGAGCCGCAGCUGCUGCAGCCAGCGCAGCUCACUGCGGAUGUCGAAGCGUGCAGCUCACGCCCAUCUCGGUCCGAGAGGCAGAGUGCCGACCGGCUGGAUCGGUCUGACCGGUCUGAACCUAUUGACCUGUCAUGGGCUGCCUUGAAUCACAACGUGGGAGUUCCGUUGAAAUGUCCUGAGCCCAAAGUGCCAAAGACUCUCAUCGUGGCUCCAAGCUCUCCGUCCCAGGCAGAAAGGAACUCUGAUCAAGUUGAGGAGUUUGAGGAGGAGGGCUGGGUGCCUCCACCACGGCCUGCCAUGCCAGAGAUGCCAGGUGCCCCGCUGUAG